AGUAAGUAACCUAUUGUACAUUGUUUGAUUUCCUACGAGUAAUAUUUACGAAUUGCUCAAUUAAAAGACAUAUUAAAACAUGAAUAAAUUACGUUUGUGUUUUAAUAAUUUGGCAAGCAUAAAACCUACAAAUUAUGAAGGUCGUAGAUUUAUUAAACGAUGGGUAUCUCCAACUCUACGUACAAUAACCAAGAGAAAAAGAGAAUUACCUCCACAACCAGAACCUAGACGAAGUAAUUUUAUAGACUGGAAUAGGGACGCAGAAAUAUAUGCAUUUAAUCGAAGACUUUCAGAAAAUUUCACAACAGAAAUAUUGGAGCAAGCAUUAACCCAUAAAUCGUAUAUUUUUGAGGAAGAGAAAAGACAAAAAGCCAUUGGAAUAGAGAAACCUGAGUUUGACAUACCACAUAAUGAAGAGUUAAUAGAAACUGGAAGAAACUUAACUUCUAAAGUCAUAAAGAACUAUUUGAGUAAAUCUUUGCCACGUCUUCCUGAGGAUGGUAUUAAAGCCAUCCAUGACUACCUUAUGUCUCAAGAAAUUCUUGCCACAGCAUCUUCACAUAUCGGGACGAAGGACCUUAUUCUGAGUGGUGAACAUCCAAUAGCAGAAGAAACAUUGGCUAAAACAUUUCUAGCACUUAUAGGAGCACUUGCUGUAGAUGUCAAUGAGGAUCAUGCGAGUACUUUUGUUCGAGAUUUUCUAAUAGUGGGAUUAGCAAGCAAGGAUUUAACUGAAAUAUGGUGCCCGACAGAACCAUUUGAAAUGUUAAAUGAUAUUAUUUCUAACGAAACAAAAGCAUCUGUAGAACCAAGACUUAUUAGACAAGCUGGAAGAAAUACUAUUCUGUCGUCUUAUCAAGUUGCAGUUUAUUCAAAUAAACAAUUUUUGGGUUCAGGUUAUGGUCAAACUGUUAAGGAAGCAAAAGAUGUAGCUGCUAUAAAUGCGUUAUGCAAAAUGUUUGGUUUAUUGGAUUCAAGUCAACCAUUAAAGUUCGAUAAAAAAAUAGAUGUGAACACUGCCAGGCUAAUGCCGUUGCUGCCAUCGCCGCCGCUACAGUCGCACGAGAACGAAACGAUGCGCGAGGAAGAAAUGCCUCGACGCUCUAAAGUAAAUUGUGUAACAUCGUGA